AUGGAGACGUACCACGGCUACGUCCGGACUCCCGGAGACGCCAUCAAGCUGUUUGAGGCUUGCCGCCUUGGCCUGCUGCCCCGAGUCCAGCGCCGCUUGUCGGAAAAGGAGAGGCAGUCGAUCCGCUCGGGCUCCGUCUUUGUGUGGGAUGAGCGUGAGGCCGGCAUGAGGCGGUGGACAGACGGCAAAUCGUGGAGCGCCAGCCGCGUGUCCGGCAGCUUCUUGACCUACAGGGAAAUGGAGGGCAAGCGGGGGGGCGGCUUCGGCAACGGCAGGAGAGGAGCCGGCAAGACCCCCGACUCGGGCCGCGGCAGCGACGAGGACCACGACGACGGGGAGCCCGAGGGCUACCGCUACAAGGCCGACGGCCUGAUGAAGCAGUCCUUCAGCAUCACCACCUCCAAUGGCCAACAUCUGCAUCUCAUCUCCUACUACUCCCGGCCGCAGCCGGGCCAACCGGACCUACCCCAGCCGAGCUCCGACCCAUCCCUGCGUGCCAUUGUUCCGCCCAAGGGCAUGUAUCCUGAGUCGAGCAUGGGCGAGACGAACCAGACGCCGGCACUCACGCGCGCGCCCAUGCAGCAGCCAUACAUGAUCGCCCCCCAACAUUCCCACGCCCAUCACCAAGCCUACGCCUACGGCCAGCCCGGCUACGGAUGGCCCCCGUCGCCGGCCGCAACCCCCCCGUACGGGCAUUAUGCGCCGUCGCCCUACCCGCCACACGUUCAUGCCCUGCCUCCGCCCCAGGCCUCACAGCCGUACGCGACCUCGCACUACACGCACGCUCCACCCCACGAACGGGCUCCGCUGCCUCCACUACAGAACCCUAACAAAGCCGGCUCAUUACCGGUCUACCCAGGCCACACCGCCGCACAUGGGCCGUCGCCGCCGCGAUUGCACGACUCGCCGCGGCAAAAGGACCUGCAGGCGGCGGCACAAGCCGUCAUCAGCGACCACCAUCUCGGCAAUGGGUUGGCCAAGGGCUCCCAUGGACCCCUCCCGGCCCUCAACUCGGUGGCACCCGGGACUUGCUCGUCGAGCCACCCGGCCAUGGCGACGCCACCCAUGCGGCACAUGAGCGUCAGCCCCCCGAGCAUCUCUCACCCCGAUGGUGCCAUGCCCCGUGGCAGCACCAGGCCGAGCCUAUCGGCCCUCCUGCACCCGACGCCAUCCAACAGCGAGCCCAGCAGCGCCAAGACGGCCAGCAGCGGAAGCGCCAGCAGCAGCCCGCGGACCAACGGCCUGGUCCUGGACAAGGGUGGUGCCAGCGAGGACGCCAGAGCGCUGAGGAUGCUGGAUCGCAAGUUUUGCAUCUGA